GAUUCGGCCACGAUGGAGUUGCAACGCGCCGCCGCUCCGGAACGCCAAUCCCUUGCCCCUCCCAUGGAGCACCUCCUUGCCUCUCUCAAGUUGCCGCAAGCUGACCAGUCUGCGCCGAUGACGACGGCGGAGCUGGAGGCUGCCAUCCCCAUGCUCCCGGGCAAGAAGCAGCGCCUUCGGGAAUCGUUCGAUCGCCUCGUCGCCUGCUCGCCGAUGCAGCUCCCCUUCACCUGGGACGACCUCGAUGCCCACGUAUCUUCCCUGCACGCAUCCAUCUCCAUCCGAUUCCUCCAGCUGCAGGCCCUGCAGGCGCCCCGCCCCGCCGUCUCCGUCCCCGCACCGUCCGCCACAUACGGCGACGAGUUCAUCGAGGAGGACGAGGAGAUGGUUAGAAACGAUGAGGAUGCGUCGCCGGUUCCGGUCGAUGAAGUGGAGAAAGAUUGGGAAGACAAGAAGGUAAGACUCGCUCCUCUACGCGGCGAGUACCAGGCGGGUAGAAGUAGAACUCGAGAUCAAGAGCUUGCCGUUCCAAUGCCGGUUCACGCCCCGGACGCUGGGAACCCUAUCUUCCAGCAGCCAUACGCGGCGUACCAGCUCCAGCCUGAGCUGCCAAUGCCGAGGACCAAUCUUCCUAUGCUCCAGCAACAGCUGUACGUGCCGUACCGGCAAGAAAACCUCGCCGUGGCGAUGCAAACCCCGAACUCCAACUAUGGUGUCCCUAUGGUCCCGCAACCGUACCUGGCCUACGGCAGACCAGAGUUUAUAAGCCAAGCUCCGAUGGUCAAUGAACAUGUACUCCAGCAGCUGGCGCACCAUCAACCCUACUACCCUGUCGUGCCGAGCAAUAACAGUUGCUAUCCAAUGCUCCGGCACCAGGAGCACGUGACUGCUGAGAGUGGAAUCCGGAAAGAUACCAACCAUGUGAUGAUGGUAAACAAAACAACCAAGUUUAAGUGUAAGGGUAAGUCUAAGAAGAAGGUCAAAUCAAAGGACGCCGGUGAGACUGAUACGCCUAGGAAGUCCAAGAUCGGCCACACGCCCGACGAAGAGUGUUUCUUCUGCAAAGAGAAAGGACACUGGAAAAGAAAUUGCAAAAAGUAUCUAGUAGAAAAAGGCAGUCUCAAGAGUCCAGCUCCAAUAUAAGUGUUAUAUAUGUUAUUUGUGUA